AUGAACCAGCUGAUUCGCUUUAUCCGGGCUCAAGGUCCCCCAGGCCGAGGGCGGUUCUCUUCCUGCCUCCCUGCACCCUCCCUCGCCCCCCUCCGCACCCCUCGCACACCCGCACCCCCGCACAGCUCCACCUCGACCGGGAGGGCUCGGGCCCGGCCGGGCGAGCGAAAAUUCGAUAUCGGAUUAACAUGGACUUUCAUGAAGACCGUCCAGGUCAAAGUCCGAGAUAGCAGUCGUCCCGGAGGAAGGGAAGGGAAUUCCUCAAGGAAAUCAACGGACGCUCAGCAACUGUUGGAUAGAUCUUUAUUGGGACUUGGGAGAUAUAUUAGUAUUCCUAAACAUGUGAAUUCGGGACUUGUCCGACGAGCUCGGUGUAAAGCGACCUGUGACGUAUCUACUAUACUACAGGACUGUUCUGUUUGUUGUAUGUCGAAGCGGCAACGCGGCGCCCGCACGGAGCGGCAACGUGGCGCCUCAGUAUCCGUCCGCAGUCCGCACAGAGCGGCAACACCGCACACUGAUUCAGCACAACGCAUUCACUAG